UUCACACAGAGAGAGAGAGAGAGAGAGAGAGAGAAAGGAGAAUGGAGAAUAAGGGGAAGAGAGAGGUGGUGGUCUCAGCUCUGCAAUUCGCUUGCACCGACGUUGUCUCCACCAACGUCGCCACCGCAGAAAGGCUGGUUAGAGCUGCUCACGCAAAGGGUGCGAACAUAAUUCUCAUACAGGAGCUCUUUGAGGGAUAUUACUUCUGUCAAGCACAGAGGGAAGACUUCUUUCAUCGAGCUAAGCCUUAUAAGGACCAUCCCACAAUUUUAAGGAUGCAGAAACUUGCAAAAGAGCUGGGUGUGGUGAUUCCAGUUAGCUUCUUUGAAGAGGCAAACAAUGCCCAUUACAAUUCAGUCGUUGUAAUUGACGCUGAUGGUGCGGACCUCGGACUUUACCGAAAGUCUCAUAUUCCUGAUGGACCGGGCUAUCAAGAAAAGUUCUACUUCAAUCCUGGCGACACUGGCUUCAAGGUUUUCCAAACGAAGUUUGCAAAAAUUGGAGUUGCAAUUUGCUGGGAUCAGUGGUUCCCAGAGGCAGCCCGAGCGAUGGUGCUUCAAGGUGCUGAGAUAUUGUUUUACCCUACUGCUAUAGGUUCUGAACCUCAAGAUCAAGAACUUGAUUCGCGUGAUCACUGGAAGCGAGUUAUGCAAGGGCAUGCUGGGGCUAAUUUGGUUCCUCUAGUUGCUUCAAAUCGCAUAGGGAAGGAGAUAAUCGAAACGGAGCAUGGUAAAAGUCAGAUAACAUUCUAUGGGAACUCCUUUAUAGCAGGACCCACCGGAGAAAUUGUUGCGGCUGCUGAUGCUAAAGAGGAAGCUAUUCUCGUAGCACAAUUUGAUCUGGACAAUAUAAAAUUGAAGAGACGUUGUUGGGGAGUUUUCCGCGAUCGACGUCCAGAUUUGUACAAGGUGCUACUUACAUUAGACGGCAGCAAUGUCGCAUCUUGAUAUAAGUUUGCCUAUUAGUAUCAUGCCUCUCUUAGAACAAACGAAAGUGCUUUUAAAAUUAAUUUAGCAUUGUCAUGUACUAUCAUCAGGAAUAGGAAAGAGAGGAAAUCUAAAGAAAUAAAUGUCGAUGGUAUAAUGUUUUAAACGAAAUAUCAAUAAAUCAAGUGUGUUUUC